AUGGCCCCGAAGAUUGCCAUUGUCUUUUACUCAAUGUACGGCCAUAUUCGGCAGCUCGCCGAGGCCGAGAAGAAAGGCAUUGAGAAGGCUGGUGGCACAGCCGACUUAUUCCAGAUCCCUGAAACGCUCUCCGAUGAAGUUCUAGGCAAGAUGCACGCUCCUCCGAAGCCAACUGAUAUUCCGACUCUCGAGGAUCCAGCCAUCUUGACGAAAUAUGAUGCCUUUCUUCUCGGUAUCCCUACUCGAUAUGGCAACUUCCCUGGGCAGUGGAAGGCCUUCUGGGACAAAACUGGCGGUAUUUGGGCUUCUGGCGGCUACUUUGGCAAGUAUGCUGGACUCUUCGUGUCUACUGGCACGCCUGGUGGUGGCCAGGAAUCAACGGCAAUUGCAGCAAUGUCCACCCUUACCCACCACGGCAUUAUUUAUGUCCCUCUUGGGUACGCAAAGACUUUCCCCCAACUAACUAACCUCUCUGAGGUCCGCGGUGGUAGUCCCUGGGGUGCUGGUACGUUUGCGGGGGCAGACGGAUCACGCCAGCCGUCUGCUCUUGAGCUUGAGCUAGCCACUAUCCAGGGUGAAAACUUCUAUCAAACUGUCUCUAAAGCCUUCGGAUGA